GGCAGACUCUGCAGUGAAGGUGGACUAUCUGUUAGUUUGCCAGUUUUACUGCCCCCCAGCUCAAUCCUUCAUUUCACUCCCUGUAUAGACAACAAGCUGCCAGUGAGAGGAACAAGAAAGAUUGCAAGAAGGUGGGUGAACUUUCAGCAUUGUCUCGCUCCCUCAUCAGCCUGGUGGGAUUGUUACUGGCCCCUAAAUCACAAGAGUCAUACCAGCAGCACCAAGUGGGUUCCGCAGCGUCACCUGACGUCUGGAAUAUGGCACAGGUCCAGAAGAAGACCUCCACCAUGUCCGUAACAAUCUCGUCAUGCUCCCGAGAAACCUCUUCCUACUCCUCUUCUUCUUCCUCCACUUCCUCCACUAGUCUCCAACAGAGACACUCCAGCCUGAUUCAGCCCCUCUGCAUUAGCCCCCAGAGAACACAGACCCCAUGCCAAUAUUCAGGGAAUGGAGGCAUUGCACCGACAUUUGUCAAGUGUCUUCAUGAUGUGAGCACAGUGAAGGGACAACUUGUGGUUCUGGAGUGCAGAAUCAGGGGAACACCACCACUACAAGUGUCCUGGCACAGAGAGGAUGAGCAGAUCCCUGACUCGGCAGAUUUCCGCAUUCUGAGAAAAAAAGCAAGUUCUACAGCUAUCCCAGAGGAGUUAUGCACUCUAGUGAUUACAGAGGCUUACCCUGAGGAUUCAGGUAUCUUUAAGUGUGUAACUGCAAAUCAGUUUGGAACAGCAUCCUGUAGCGCCCUGCUGGAAGUAUACACAGACAUAGAUGAGGUUUUAGCAGAUGGUGAUGCAACUGGAGACUUGGAUAGACCGAAACAGGACAGCUUUCCCUCAUUGCUACAGGAUGUAGCAGAGAUUCCCCCUCCAGAAUGGCCUGAUAGUCCUGAAGAAGAAACAGCUCCAGAUAUGUCCACGAUGCAAGAGUUUCAGCAUGUGAGUGGAACACCAGAGAAGACCCGCAUUUAUGUGUUAAAGAAUAACUCUAGCUCUGGUUCUCAAACCUCUGCAGAGGCUUCAAAGUUCCUCCACACUCCCACAUCUCUGCUGAAGGAGUUCCAAAACACUGUUCCUAAACCAUUCACACCCUCAAGCAAGCUGAAUAACCAAGCACAACCAAGCAGUGCUAGCAAGAGUUUGGCUGACCUCCCCACCUUCUCACCCACACUCUAUCCACCCUGUGCCUUCAACUAUGAGCGCCCCCGCCACUUUAUCCAGUCUCAGCCCACGUUUCAGGCACCCAGCUAUGACAGCCUCCAGUCCAAUGGCAGCAGCAACCCUUCCCCACACUCUUCAAAUUUAAGCUCACCCAUUGCAACCACUGCAUCAUCAAUUAGCCCUCCUCCAUCUGCACCUCCUCCUGCCCCUAUGCGUACCAGUGUGACUUUGAUCCCUAGAGUAUCAAGUUCCCGGUGUGAUGACAAAACAUCAUCUGCAGAUUUUCUAUGCUCUAUACUACCUUCUCAACCAACUUCACAAGGCAAAUACAUCUCUGUGUCUCUGCCCCAAUCCCAGUCCCCACGGUACUCACCCACAUCCCCCAGCACCUUGCCAAGGACCUCACAACAAGCUCCUCAAAGUCAGCCACCAAGUAAUAUUCCUUCUUCCCCAACUGCACCACAAAUGUCCCCAAAGCCUAUGAAAACAGCUGCUCUCCCUCAGCAUUCCUCACAUGUCUCUCAGCCUGUUAACUACAAGGAAACCCCCAACAUCUUGCCAAAACCAAUAUUGAAGAAGACUGUUUCCCAACCAGUACUGCGUUCCACAGAUGAAGAGAUCCAAGGCUCAAAGGAUGCUCUCAUACAAGACCUAGAGAAAAAGCUACGCAGUAAAGAGGCUCGCCAAAAGAACAAUCAGAAGCUUUCUUACGAGGAACGCAUGGCUCGCAGGUUGCUGGGUCGAGCUAAUGCUGCCUCAGUGUUUGAUCUUGAGAAUUCUUCUGAAUCUCAGCCUAAGCAGACAUUUUCACAAGAAGGUCAACAGACUGGAGGAAUAUGCAGCAGCAAGCUUCUUCUUGGAGGGGAUUUGCUUGAGGGUUCUGCCAUUCAGGAAAAGUGUUAUGCCCCUCGAUUUAUCCAGGUGCCCCAGGAUCUUACUGUGGAAGAGGGCCGUUUCUGCCGGAUUGACUUUAAGGUUGGAGGUUUACCAACCCCUGAUGUCACUUGGUAUCUGGAUGGGAAAGCUAUCCGACCUGAUGAUUAUCAUAAGAUGCUUGUAUGUGAGAAAGGUGUCCAUUCCUUCAUCAUUGAGAUUGUGACCGUUCACCAUGCAGGUGUAUAUGAAUGUGUUGCCAGGAAUCGCGCUGGAGAGAGUCACUUCUCCCUGCGUUUGGAUGUAAUUGCUCAAGAAUUGCAGUGCCCACCCAUUUUUGUGGUUAAAAUGCAGAACCUACGGGCCCUUGAAGGUGACACAGUGAGGUUAGAGUGCAAAGUGUCUGCUUCGCCUUCUCCACAGGUCUACUGGAAGAAAGACAAGGAAAUGUUGCGCAUUGAUCCCACCAGAAUGAGUCUGUCCCAUGACAGUUCUGGACAUCAGUGUCUGUUCAUUGACCGGGUGGUGAAAUCUGAUGCAGGCUGGUAUACUGUAUCUGCCAUUAAUGAGGCUGGAAUGUCCACCUGCAAUGCUAGGUUGGAUGUGGCAACUCGGCUGUGCAAGACAGGCCCUCCAGCCAAGCCACUGAAGAUGCUUCCUAUCAUCAACCAGUUUUCCUCCUUGGGCUCAGAAAGUAGCCCUCGGCACACUGCUCCUCUGUAUGAGAGUGAGGAGUUAUAGACUUUCCUGUGAGCCUUCAAGUAUGUUUUUGUUUUGAGAAUUACUGUAGAAUCAUAAGCAUUAUUCUUAUUCUUUGUACUUACAUAAGCCAUAUUUAUGCUGAUAAAGUAGUAUCUUUCCCAUCCCUGGCAUUUAUCAAAUGCACUUUAGCCUGUGUUUUAUCAUAACAUCCAAGCAACUAAGGAAUGAUUUCAGAGAUAAACUUCACUGACAAAUUGCCAUGAUGUCAGUGUCAUGAUGGUUUACUGUUGUUGGUAUAGAACAAACGUGGGUGUAAUUAAUGUGGGUGGUAAUUGUUGAGCCACAUCUUACUUUAGAGAGAAUAAAUCAUUUUAUAUAUAUAUAUAUAUAUAUAUAUAUAUAUAUAUAUAUAUAUAUAUAUAUAUAUAUAUAUAUAUAUA